AUGCCCCGGGGUGAGCCGCUCCACUUUGCUGGCUGCAAAACCGACUUCAUUUCCACAGCUUCUGGUAACUGGCUGGUGUAUCGGCGCUUCUGCGACUUGCUCUUGGUGGACCCCUUCUCUGGUGCCACCACGACCCUUCCUGCACCAUCUAGCGUUCAUCUCGCCGACGAAUCCGAGGGUGAUGAUUCCAUGGACGGUCAUGAUUCUGUAGACGAGGUUGAGGAUUCUGAGUACGGCCAUGAUUCUGCAGACGAGGGUGAUGAUUCUGAGGAUGGUUCUGCACCAUCUAGGGUUCAUCUCCCCGACGGAAACAAGGGUGAUGAUUCCAGGGCCGGUCAUGAUUCUGCAGACGAGGCUGAGGAUUCUGAGGACGGCCAUGAUUCUGCAGACGAGGCUGAUGAUUCUGAGGAUGGUUCUACACCAUCCAGCGUUCACCUCCCCAAUGAAAACAAAGGUGAUGAUUCCAGGGCCGGUCAUGAUUCCACAGUCGAGGGUGAGGAUUCUGAGGACAGCCAUGAUUCUGCAGACGAGGGUGAUGAUUCUGAGGAUGGUUCUACGCCAUCUAAGGUUCAUCUCCUCGACAAAGACGAGGGUGAUGAUUCCAGGGACGGUCAUGAUUCCGCAGACGAGGGUGAGGAUUCUGAGGGCGGCCAUGAUUCUGCAGGCGUGGGUGAUGAUUCUGAGGAUGGUUCUGUUUACACCGACAGAUCAGAGAUGCUAUCAAUGGACGUGAAACACUUUGAAGUGAUCAAACUAAUGGUGUGCUCGCCCAACCUCAUCGCUGCACUGUUAAAAGAAGGAUUUUCCAUAAGCAUGUUCAUGGCGACAGACAGAUACACACUUUUGCUGGACAGUGAGCCUGAUGUUUCGAUAUCCGAGGCAGACUUUGGGCGAUCACAGUGGCGCAGGCUGACGACCCUUGCUGACGAUGAGGCACUGUUUUUAGGGCCAUGCUCCAGGGCUGUUUGCAUGCCUCAGGGUGACUCACCGGGCAAUCGCGUGUGGUUCUUGGAUGACUACAAGGACUUUCACCUUUGGAAUGAGUGGCCUAGCAGCUUGAGUUCUGACACCAGCAGCGUGGCAAACCCCAAGCCUUUCUCGCCUCUGCCAAUGAUCUCGUGGAGGGGCUUCCUGGCAAAUUCAGGUGCUGCAUGGCUCUUCCCUUCAAACUGA